GCCCCAUCUUUCCGCACUGGCAGUUCCCGCCACUGGACCUGAACCCUGUCGGUUGUGCCUGCCCUGUCUCAACGUCAUGUGCCAGUUGGUCUGAGCUUUGCCGCAUUUCAUUCGCACUCCAGGCAACGCAAUCGCAAACGUGAACCUGCCAACUUCCAUCAUCCCUCAGCACCAACGUCGGAACGCUUGACUCCAUCGCCGUCGCACAGCCUCUCCCUUCCUUUGGACCCCGAACUUUGCGUGUCUCAGCCUGUGGUUUGAUUCACAGAUACGCCAGCCACAAUAGACUUCGCCUUUGAUUACUAGCGCCCUACUCCCUCCGGCCGUCUCGAGUGCUCUUUGUCCACUCCUGCUCACUGUCUUACUCUGCAACACCCGGAAACCCGGAAUCAUUUUGCGCUAUCAACAAUGGCGAAUCCGCUCGACACAGACGCUGGCACCGAGCUUUUCAAACAUUAUGAAGCCGAAUAUCAACUGGUCCAAGCAGACCUGGUGCAGAAGCUUGACCAGAUAGCCGAGUUGUCGGGGGAGCCGAGGAAGGCCGCGUUGAGUGCGGCCGAGCGGGCCUUGGAAGAGACGGGCGAGCUGCUGGACCAGAUGCAGAUGGAGAAGCAGAAUGUGCCCUCCUCACAGCGCGGCGCCAUCAACCGACGGCUGCGAGACUACAAGACCGAUAUUGACGGAUACAAGCGCAAGCUGCGGACUCUGGCAGAUGAUCGGAGUGCCUUGUUUGGCGCACGAUACAGCGACAAUCCAGGCUCCUCGGCUGCUGAUGCCCACUUUGAGCAAAGACAGCAGUUGUUAUCGGGGACGGAACGCCUGGACCGCAGUACGCAACGUCUCAAGGCCAGCCAGGCGUUAGCACACGAGACAGAGGCGAUUGGAGCCAGCACGCUUGCGCAGUUGCAGCAACAGCGCGAGACGAUCGACCACACAACGCGGGUCCUCUAUGAGAGCGAGGGCUACGUUGAUCGGAGUCUGAAGAGUCUCAAAGGGAUCGCUCGUAGGAUGGCUACGAAUCGGGUGAUCACCAUUGCCAUAAUAACAGUGCUGGUAUUGCUCAUUAUUGCUGUUAUCUUUAGCAAAUUCAGAUGAAUCGCUUAGGCCUCGGUCGGUUUGCUGUUGCAGGAUAAUUUUUUGGGCGACGGGUUAGAAGGGCGUUCCGGGUUCUGUAAGACGAGGUUGCGUUUUUCGGGCAGAUGGUUUGGACCAUGUCGAUAUGAAGGAUUCUAGCCAGAUUCUGGACACGCCGGGCAGUUUCAAGAUACGCCGUAAUGCACUCACCAUAGUACAUUCUUCGGUAGCGUAGAGUUUAUAACGGUUUCUUUUCUUCUAUGCAUCAACAUAUGCUGCAGUAUCUCCGUGCUGCU